GUUUGGCUGCCAGUCGACGUUUUGCAGUUCGGCGGGCGGUUUGUGUUUCGCUUUUCGCACGCCAUUCGCUUGGGUGUGCUAUAACCCCCUAGGUAUUAGCCAGUUUGUGAACUAUACAUGGCUGCGGAAAUUAUACAAUAACUGUGUCGUUCGAACAACAAAAAAAUCUGGUCUGACCUGGACUGAUUUUCGAUUUGGUGUCAAAGAAAAUGCUGCAGCGGCAGAAAUCGACGGCAAGCACUCGAUUUGGCAGCUGCCUCCCUCAAUCCAAGACCCAGCCAUAGCCAGUCCCCUUCGGAACGGUCAAGUGAAAUGGAGACACUGGCCAUGGCAGCGGUGAGUUCAGUGGCAGCAGGACCUUCGACGAAUGGCUGCCCGGCUGGAAUGGCCAUCAAUCAGUUCGAGGAGAAUGUCGAACACCUGCGCCAGCUAUUCAGCCAGAACAAGCUGGUGUCCUUUAGCAUUGCCCACAUCGCAUGCAGUGCUGGGAGCAGUAGCGGCGAUAACUACAUGUCGGUGGUGAAGCGGGUGACCAUCAGCCAGGCAGUGGCCCGGGAUCAGGAGCAGCCGGCGGCCAACGAAACGGUCACGGUCAUCGUUAAGCGGCAGAUUGCCAGUCUGUCCCGCCGACAGCUUUACCGCUGCGAGGAGGCCUUUAGCAAUGAGAUUAACGCCUACCGGCACCUGGUGCCCCUGCUCGCCGCCCACAGUCGGCAGCAGCUCUUCCCGGUGUGCCACAUCGCCGACAGCCACGACCGACGACCGCCACAGGACUCAAAUGGGGAAGCUGGAGAGCCCAUCAUAGUAUUGCAGGACCUGAAGACCCUGGGCUUCCGGAUGAAGGACCGUUUGGUGGGAUUAGAACUGGGGGACUGUAUCCUGGUUAUGAAGAAACUGGCGCAACUCCAUGCCGCUUCACUAGCUGCCCAGCAGCUGGACUUUCCGCAUUUCGUCGCACAGGCCAGAAACCUUCGAGAGAUUGUCUACUGCGAGGAGGCCGCCGAGUUUUACGCCACCAUACUGGACACCUCCGUGCAGCAAGCCCUGGACAGUCUAGGUGGCUCCAAUGCAGACGGGAGUCUAACGACUCCCAUUCGCCUUCUCGAGCAAAUACGCCCCAAUCUUUACGAUAAACUGAAGCAGGAGAUUAAUGCGGCUGGCGAGACUCCCUUCAGCGUGAUUAGUCAUGGAGAUUUGUGGGUGAACAACAUCAUGUUUCGCUCCCAGCCGGAGGAGGUGAUCUUCUUCGAUCUGCAGGCCAUGCGCCGCACAUCACCCGUAUUCGAUAUCCUGCACUUUAUCUACACGAGUACUAGGAGAGACUUCCGCGACGUGCACACAGACACCCUGUUGGCAGCGUACUCGGAGGCGCUGGGCCAGGAGCUGGUCCACCAAUUGGAGGACACACCAGCUGGCGAGAGGCUGGAGGAGCUGUGCGAAGCCUUCUCGCUGCAGCGCCUCAGCGCAGAGUAUGUGCGUCAGGUGCACUACGGUUUGGCCAUCGGAAUGUGGAUCCUGCCGGCAGUAACAUUCGACACAAACAAUUUACCCAACUUGGACGUGAUUAGCGAGCAGAACCUGUGCUGCAAGGAGAUCAAGUGCACCCAGAUGCUCACAGCGGAGUACCAUCUGCGUAUCCGGGAGCUGGUGAUGGAGUUCUAUGACCUCGGCUAUCUUCACAUGGAAAAGCAAAGUAUCCACUCCCAGCUUCAUGCUAAAAUUCCAUAAAUAAAAGGAAGGACAAUCCCCAAGCAAGGAUUAUAGUCACCUAGUUAUAGUAUUAACUUAUAUUAACGAUCGAAAUAAACCCGGAAUUUUGCCGGAGGAACUGCAGCGGUAUGUUGUAGGUUCCUUUAUUACCGAAUAA